AUGCAGAUGGCACAUGACAGUGUAAUCAAACAGAGACGGCAGCAGGCCCUGACACUAAGCAAAGAGGCCCGAGGAGAGGGGCUGGAUUUGGGGAAGAAAAUCAGUGUGCCAAAGGAUGUGAUGAUGGAGGAAUUGCACCUGACAACAAACAGAGGUUCCAGAAUGUUCCUUGAGAGACAGCGUAGAGUGGACAGAUUCACCGUGGAAAAGUCAGCAGGCGACUCUACUGUAAUAUAUGAAAACCUGGACCAACACCACGACCAGAACCAGACAAUGCUUGAAACACAAGCAGGCAAAGAGAAUGUGGGCUAUCUCAUGCCUGGAAAACACAGUCUGGUGACAACACUGAGGAAAACAGUGGCUAAGAAAGGCAGUCCCAAUGUGCUUGCUCCAGGUUACUCUGGGCCAUUGAAGGAAAUUCCAUGUGAGAAAUUCAACAUCACAGUGAUUCCAAAGUCUUACUGCUCACCGUGGAGGGAAGCCCUGGGAGGCGAUGAAGAGCUUCUGUCUUCUCUCAAUGCCCAGUUACCUGAGCCCUCACAGAAACUACAACCUGCAAGCUACAGAUGCUUCAACAGAGCUGCCAUACCCUUUGGAGGUCCUAUGCACAGUAAGAGGGUGAUCCCGAUCAUUGGCUUUGAGGUUCUGGACACUCAGAAUCAGCCCGAAUUUACUCCGGAUCGCAUGUCUCACCGGCCCAACUUCAACAGAGCGCCCCGGGGCUGGGGCUCCAGCUUCUGCCCCGAGUCCAAUGACCUGUGA